GGCGAAGAAGACAAAGGACCAGAAGUGCCACCAGUCUCGCGCUAGAACACCUUGAACUCAACGAUUUUUUUUUAUUUUUUUUUUUUUGUUAUAUGUCGUUCGCGUGAAGGAUGUUAGCCUGCUUGCUGUGUCGUGGAAGGACACUAAAGUUUGUCACGCCCUUCCGUGUCAGCUUGUUUUCGACCACCAGACACUUUUCGGACACCUGUGGUGACACGGGACCGGUCCGUAUUGGUUGCGCGUCGGGGUUCUGGGGGGAUACGGCCACCUCAGUACCUCAACUGAUCCAUGGCGGGAAACUGGACUUCUUGGUUUUUGAUUACCUGAGUGAGAUUACCAUGUCCCUCCUAACAGCAGCCAAGGCCAAGGUGCCUAAUCUGGGUUACGCUCCAGACUUUGUCCAGGCGGCCUUGGCGCCGUCCAUCCACGAUAUCCACAAAAAAGGCGUGCGUGUGGUCAGUAACGCGGGCGGCGUGAACCCGUUAGCCUGCGCCGCGGCCAUCCAGGAAGUGGUCAAGAAAGCCGGCCUGGACCUUAAGGUUGCUGUGGUGACGGGUGAUGACCUCAUGGCGCAUAAAAGCCGCCUUUCUGAGGUCAAGAUGGCUGACGAUGGCAGCAGCCGUGCCUUGCCGAAAACGCUGCACAGCAUGAAUGCCUACGUCGGGGCACUGCCCAUCCGCCGUUGUCUGGACCUUGGCGCCGACAUUGUUGUAACAGGCCGUUGUGUGGACAGCGCUCUCGCUCUUGGGCCGCUCAUGCACGCCUUUGGAUGGGGAAAAGGCGACUUGGAUCUGUUGGCUGCUGGAAGUCUGGCAGGCCACCUGAUUGAGUGUGGCGCCCAGAGCACCGGCGGGAUCUUCACGGACUGGCAUCGCGUCCCCGACUGGGACAACAUUGGCUUCCCAGUGGUGGAAUGUUCCGCCGACGGCUCCUUCGUUCUCUCCAAGCCGCCAAAGACAGGCGGCCUGGUGGAGUUUGGCACGGUGGCCGAGCAGCUGGUGUAUGAGAUUGGCGACCCGCGGCGAUACGUGCUGCCCGACGUCAUCUGUGACUUCAGCCAUGUCGUAAUACAAGAAGUGCCUGGUAUUGAGGGCGGCGCCGUCAAGGUGAGCGGCGCCAAAGGCUUUGCUCCGCCACGCGACUACAAGGUGUGUGCCACUUACAUGGAUGGCUUUCGUGCGACGGCCGUGUGUCCGCUAGGUGGAUCAAGAGCAGCAGAAAAAGCCCGCAGGACCGCAGAGAGCAUCAUCAAAAGGACAAAGCGCAUAUUUAAGCAUUUGCAUCUGGAGGACUUCUCAGCCGUCAACAUCCAGGUUCUGGGAGCGGAGGACACAUACGGCGCCAAUGGCUCCAACAAAGAUGCCAGGGAGGCAGUCCUGUGGUUGGCUGUCCACCACAAAGACAAGAAGGCACUGGAGGUCUUCUCCAGAGAGAUCGCCCCCGCCGGGACAGGCAUGGCUCCAGGACUGUGCGGCAUCGUGGGCGGGCGUCCCCGAGUGUCGCCAGUCCUGAAGCCGCUCUUCUUCUACCACCCCAAGUCUCAACUCCAGCUCGACAUCCAUGUGGACGGACAGUGGGUGGAGUCUCUCUCGGAGACGGUGGGUGACAUUGCCGAACAGGAAGCCCCUCUCGCGUGGGCGGAGGAAGCGCCCAACGCAGAGCUUCCCAGUGGGCCGCACUGCUACAGGUUAGAAGAACUGGCCUACGCCAGAAGCGGCGACAAAGGAGACUCUGCCAACAUCGGCGUGAUCGCCCGCGACGCCCGCCUCUUCCCCUUCCUGAAGAAACACCUGACUUCGUCUGUGGUGGAGGGAUACCUGGCCCACCUCUUCCCGCCCGGCCUGCACGGCGCCGUGACGCGAUACACUCUGCCAGGGAUCAAUGGCCUCAAUUUUGUCCUCAAGAAUUCACUUGGUGGGGGAGGGGUGGCAUCCCUGCGCAGUGACCCCCAGGGAAAAGCCUUGGCUCAGAUGUUGCUGGACUUGAAACUCCAUGGACUUCCUGACCUCACGCCCUUGCUCAGUUAACACACACAACCAACACAAACACAGAUACACAUGUGCAUGUGCAGUGUUAGCGGCGAAGGACUUAACUGUCAGCUUCGAUCACAUGACCUUAACGGACUUCAUUGGAGUGGCGACCUUUCACCUCACUCUGUGGAAUGUCACUUCCUCCUUAAUUGCAAACAGGCCCUCUGUCGUCAUGGCGAUCACUGCCAGCUCGGCCCCCUUGCAUUUGGGGAAAGCUGUUGAAUUCCCCGUAACGAUUGUAGUGAAGCUGAGUGUUCAUUAAAAGUGGCAGGACGUAAAAGGUGUCGAAGUCCCGCCUUUGCGUCUGGGAGACUGCCUUUUACGACCUUUAA